AAAUUUUACAACCAAAUUCAAGAAAGUACAAGCGUUAAUUAACUCAUUAGACAAAAGGGGGAAACACAUAUGAAAAUGCAAUUUUAGUGCUCGAGUGUAGAACGAACAAAAAAGCAAAGAAAAUGGAGAAGCUUUGGGACAGGAUAUGGAAAUUAAAGAUAAAGCCUAAGCUCAAGAUCUUUCUAUGGAGAAGUGUACACGAAUCUUUUCCUGUGGCUGGAAAUCUUCACAAAAAAGGGCAAAGGAGUAUCUUUGUUAGUGCAUGUGUGAUCCCUUUGGCGGACAGUGGCUUUAGAGGAAUUGCAGUGGAUGAAACAGGCUCGAUUUGCAGGAAUUGGGUUGUGUUUCUUCAUCACAGCUGUGACCAUUCAGAAUCUCUUUUAUUGGGAGUUAAGCACGCACUUUGGAGAGCGUUCUUGCUGGACCGAAAAUCUAUUUCAGUCAAAGUGGAUGAGAAAAUGGCUCAAGACCUCCAAGAAAGAAGAUCUUUGGAAGGAAGUUGCAGAACUUUGUUUGAAGAUAUAUGUUCUUCAAAAUUUAUUUUUAGUUAUGUUUCUUUCCUUUUUGUAGCUCAAGAGGAUUGGAUAGAUGAGUGUGCUUGUUUAGCUUUGAAUGUAGUGGAGUCUUCUAGCAGUCAUCAUUGGCUUGAUGUUUGUCCGACUUGGUCCUAAUUUUUCAGACCAAGUGUUUUGUACUCAUUUGUACUCAACAGUUAUUUGUGUUUAUGAGUAUAAAUUCCAGUGUUCUAAAAAUCGGCCUAGGCGGCGCCUAGGCGCUUGGCGGCAUUCCGUCGGCGAUAAAAAUCGGCUAGGCGGGCUCGGCGCCGCCUAGGCGGGGCUAGGCGGCUCUCGACAGUCUCAGCGGCUAGGCGGGUUCGGUGGCUUUGUCGGGCAUAGGCGGCAGCAGGCGGGGCUAGGCAGGACGAUGGCGGAGCUCGGCGUUUAGGUAACAGGUUGUUCUUUUU